AAUGGAAAUCUUAUAUUGCUCUCAACUAUAUAAACAUCUUUUUCAAUUUUAAAGCUAAAUAAUUCCAAAUUUAUUUUAGUUACUUCAAGUAAUUGAACAACAAAAACAAAAUGGGAGGAAAUCCAUCAAAACCAAAGAAACCGAUGACAGCAGAGAAAGUGCUGGGGAUAAUGGAAGAAUACCCCCAAUAUGUGCAGCAAUAUUAUAAGCAGAAUGAAGACGAAAUUGAAGAAUACAUUGUUGAAAAUUUCUGGGAGGAAGAUGUGGCAAGAUGGUUGAACAAGAUCAGAAAUAGAUCUCCAAAGGAAAAUCUGCAAGUUCGAAAAAUCGAUUUCUUGAAAAUCAGAAAUACUUCUACUCAUCAUACUUCAUCGUAUGAAAACAAGUCGCUGGUGAUUAGAAGAGCAGCUGAUUUCACCGUCGAUGUUAUUUUUGGGAAUCGCUCUUUCGAUCCUGAAAGAGACGACAUUUCAAUCAUCUUCUCGAUUGGUGCUCAAGCAAGUCAGGCAAACAAAUCAAAAAUGACAUGUUUCGCUUCUGAUAAGCCUGGAAAAAAAGAAAAAUGGUACUGUGUAUUGGAGUCUGUUGACAGCGAGGCCAAGAAGGUCACUUUGAAAGUACAUGUGCCGGCAACCGCCAUUAUAGGCAGUUACAAGGUAUCUCUCGAUAUCGUCAGUGGAACUAAAGCAGGUAGAGUGAAAUCGACACACAACGAUGCGAAUAUCAUCGUACUUUUCAAUCCAUACUCAAAAGAUGAUGUAGUCUACAUGGAAAACGAAGACUGGCGAAAGGAAUACGUCCAGGAAGAUAAUGGAUUCAUUAAUACUGGUACAUACACGCGUGGAACCACAGGAAAAAAGAAAUGGGAUUUCGCGCAAUUUGAUCAAGGGGUCCUUGAUUCAGUUCUUCUGAUGAUCCAGAAAGACUCGAGAGUUCAAGCUCAGCCUAUCAAAUCUCUGAAGAAAUGUAAUUCGCCUGUGUUUUUGUCUCGUGUCCUAGCGGCCAUGGUGAACAGUAACGAUGACAGCGGGGUUCUUACUGGAAGAUGGACCGGUAAAUACGACGAUGGGCAUAACCCAAGUGAUUGGUCCGAUAGUGCUAAGAUAAUUAGUGAAUGGAGAGACAAUGACUAUAAAGCAGUAAAAUAUGGUCAAUGUUGGGUCUUCUCUGGACUUUUAACAACAGCCAUGCGAGCAAUUGGAAUUCCUGCCAGAUCGGUGACUAAUUUCAAGUCUGCUCACGACACGGAUAUGAACCAGACCGUUGAUAUAUACUUAGACAGUAAAACGUAUGAAAAAAUUGACCAUACAAGUGAUUCGAUUUGGAACUUUCACGUUUGGAACGAAGCAUACUUUGCCCGUCCCGAUCUGCAAGGGGAUUAUGGUGGUUGGCAAGUGGUGGAUGCCACGCCCCAGGAGGAAUCGGCUAUUCUUGAUCCAUCUGGUGAUAAUUCAAAGGGGUUGAUGCAGUGUGGUCCUGCUCCUGUAAAAGCGGUCAAAGAAGGUGAUAUUAACAUUGGAUCAGAUACUGGCUUUGUAUUUAGUGAGGUGAAUGCUGAUAAAGUGUACUGGUUUGUGGAUAAAUGGGGAAAUGUAACACGGCCCCCGAUUGUAAUGACUAGAGCCGUUGGCGUUUACAUUGGGACAAAGGCUGUGGGCAAAUAUCAAACCGAGAAUAUCAUUUCUCAAUAUAAAUACCCAGAAGGAUCUGCUGAGGAAAGAAAGGCUUUCCACAAAGCUUAUGGAAUGGGAACACGAGAACAUCAAGGUUUUGAAACUGACUACGAAAUUGUCCCACAGGCGUUUGAAAUUACAAUCCAAGAAUUGGAAAAUGCCAUAGUUGGCCAAGAUAUUACGACAAAAGUCUCUGUGAAAAAUGCAUCCGGAAAGAACCAGCAAGCCAAUAUUAAAAUAGCUGAAAAAAGCAUGAAGAAUGUGGGAAAAAGUUAUGCAGCACUGGGGGAAUACACGAAAGAUUUUGAGCUUGGAAGUGGAAAGGAUAUGAGCUUCACCUUCACUCUGAAAAAGGACGAUUACAUUCAACACUUGGUUGACGAUUAUUCGAUCAAUAUUAAUGUAACCGUUGUCAGUAGUUUGGAUGGAAACACUAGCAUUGCAGAACUGGAUGCGACUCUCGGGUUACCAGAUUGUGUCACGAUCAAGAUGCCAGAGUCGUUUCACUGGCUGGACGAAGUUGAAGUCGAGGCUGUUAUCAAAAAUUUGCUUCCAAUGCCGUUGAGCAAAGGAUCUCUUACCGUAGAGGGUAGAGGAAUCGACAUAUCAAGUAACUACGCUGAAGUGGGAAAACCACUUCAACCCGGAGAGUCAUUCACCACAAAAGCUAAACUGAAGGCGAGAUAUGGAUGGCGUCGUGUGUAUGGUGAGGUAAUAUUCAGGAGUGCGGAAGUGCGUUUACUCAAAGAAAACUACAGGACAAAAGUCACCACUUAAAGUUGGAUGGAAUUCGUUACAUCAUAAUGUAAUAAACUGCAGAUAAUAUAAUCACCAGUGGUAUAGUAUCAAGAGUAUCUGCAUUUCAAACGUAUAUCAAGUAGCUUGCUGUAUUAUUACAAUUUAUUUACAAAUUAAGUGCAUAUUUGAAAAUGUGUGAUAUUUACAAUUACAAAUUCGGCUUCUGAUUUUGUAAUAAAGUUAUGUAAUAUCAAAAAUAACACACACACAAAAAAAAAAAAAUUUAAAAAAGAAUUAGAAACAAAAGAAUCGAAGGUUGAUUGAACACUUGGGAAGAAUUUUGUCCAACCAAUAUUAAAUUUAUGUUUACUGUUAUAACAAGAAGCCACUGAAUUAAUAUAAAUUGUGGGGAUGGAUCAUCAAUUUCUGUAAUCGUUUUGUCUGUGGAUAAGAAAUGUAAACGGAAUAUGCA